UAAAAGGACACCUUGAAUUCACAGUCUUCCCUUUAUUUGCAGCCAUGAAUUACUUUAAGGAGAUCCUGCCUUUUACGACACAAAUUGUCUCCAACUCCUCCUCUAACGACCUAAGAAAACUUCUUAGUCAGCUUGUUGAAACCAAGAUUAUAUCCAUGGAAUAUUAUGUUAGUUUGCUAAGUGAAAAUGACACAGAUGAUCUUGCACGGAAAAUUGCUUUGAUUGCUGUAGAAAAACCUGAAAUUCGCCAUAAAUUCCCAUCACUUUUCUGUGGACCUGAGAGGGAAGACUAUCCACUAGAGGCACCUGCAGUUAGUAUGGAUUCAAGGCAGGAGAACCUACAGUUACCCAGAAAGACUGUCUCUAACUCAUUCUCUAAUACCAUAACUCAAUUUCCCAAUAAUUCUCUGGAAACACAGACCACGCCACUGGAAUAUUUUCUAAAUUCACUCAGUGAGAACAAUAUGGAUAAUCUUACAUUGGAUAUGUCCUUAAAAUUUGCAGAAAGAAAUGAAAUACUUCAUACAUGUUUACCACUUAUGGAUGAACUAGAAGAAGAAUAUAUUUUCACUGAUGCCACUUCAUUUAGGGAAAAUUCAAUGAUGGAUCUGAGCACUAUAGAUAGUAGUGUGCUGAAUUGGAGUUUGGAAUCGGAGUCAGAAUUGGACUUGGAGACACUGUCCACUUUGGAUUUAUCAGAUAUUGAAAAGUGUUUUUUAGAUGACCCUUUGGAUUUUGAACUUGAAGAUGAUAACUGCAGUAAUUGUAUUGAUAAUGAUGAAGAAUAUGACAAGAUUGCCAGAAUAUGCAAUUAUAUUUGUGGUGAAGAUCAUCAGAUGGAAAGUUUAUUGGAUGGAGAAUCAGGGAAUCCUGCAGAAGCCCCAAACAACGAAACAUUAUCAAAGAAAUUAAAAAGAAAAAGAAAAAUUGGGCCAGUGAUACCAAAGCGAAAGAGGAUAAACCGAGAAAAACCGACAGCCCCUCAGUGUAUGGAGGCAACAGAAGCUCAGGAUACCCCAGACAUUCUCCCAACAUCUAAAAGUCUCAGUGCACCCGUGCACAUAUCUUCACUACCUGUAAUCCAGGUCUUUGGUAAAUUGCCACCAGAAUUCACGCCCCAGCAUAUAAUCAGUUUGCCUCCUGGAGCAAAUAUUAUUUUCUACACAGCACCUUCUUCAGUGUCCCCGCCAUUCCAAGCACAACCUGCGCCUCCAGUUUCCACAGUUACCAUUUCAGAAAUUCCAACAGUUCCUAUGAGCAUCCCAUGUUCCCCCGACAAAAACUGCUCCUUUAGUCCAUUCACUCCUGCAGCAGCUGAUUUACCAAAUUCCCCAGAAGCAACUGCCAUGAGUCAGUACCCUCUGAAAGAAAAUGAAACUGUUACCCCACAGUCACUAGCACCUAUGGAGAAUUCAUUUGCAGAGAAAGAAAAGAAUAAAUAUGUGGACUUGUUUAAAGCUGCAUUGACAGAGAAGUACAAAAACUUAUGGGCCUUUGAAAGAGAUGUAUUGUACACUGACAUUGCACUUGUGAAAAGCAGGAUUGACCCCAAACCUGGGAAAGUUACAUGUAAAACAGCAGAGAAGGAACUUGUCAUUUAUGAUUUAGAUGAACGGGAAAAAGAAGCAGUGGAUCAUUUCAGUCUUUUUGCAGAUAAAGAAAGGAAAGAGAUGGAGACAAAUAUAAUUGCACUACUGGGACAAUCAGGAAUGGGGAAAACUGUUCUUGCUAAAAAAAUAUGCCAAGACUGGUCCAAUGGCGCUUAUUCACAGUUCAGUCUAGUGAUUUUUUUUGAGUGGAGCAUGCUUGCUUCUUGUAAAAAGCAAUACAGCUUGAAAGAUUUCCUUUUUGAAUUGUCUUGCUGCCCACAUGAAAGAAAUGUUGAAAUCUACCAGUAUAUACUGAGAAACCCAGAGAAAGUGCUGCUUAUCUUUGAUGGUGUUGAUGAGUUUCAAGACUCAGAGGGUCUGAUGCAGGCUUCUUACACCGCAUCACCUACAAAGACACAUAAAAUAAAGGAAUUAUUUACUGGCCUUUUCCAAAAGAAGCUGCUACGGGGGUGCACCAUGCUAAUAACUGCAAGACCAAAAGAUAAAUUUAAUCAGUACUUAACUAAGGUAGACCAGAUUGUGGAAAUGUCUGGAUUUUCUCAGCAGCAGGUGGAAUGGUAUGUCAAUGAAUAUUUUAAGGGGUUUCAAGAUUUUACUGACGUGCUAAAAUGGAUGAGAGAAUAUGAAUACUUAUUCAGAUAUUGUUAUAUCCCCUUUAUGUGUAGGAUAAUGUGUCUGUUUGCUGAAACUAAUUUUAGGGAUGAGAGAGUGGAAUCUCAUUUUUCUUUAGCAGAAUUUAUGUUGACUGUGCUUCAGAGAAACGAAGAGUUUACAGGCCAAGGUUCCUCAGGUUUGUCAUCUGAUGAGCAUUCCAAUAUGAAAGGUGAUCAAGCUGUACAAUGUGCCUCAACCCCUCAGCCUUCUUUAAUGGAAAAUGAGAUGGAUUUAUCUAAUGGAGUUCAUACUAAACACAAACUUCCAGUAAAAAAACACCAUAUAAACAACGGGAAUUCACUGGUUCAGCAUUUUCGAACAGCUCAAAGUCUUAUGGAACAUAUAACAGACAAGCAUUUUGUCAGAUAUGCUUCACUGGAGCUCAAAAAGAAACGAAAUCAUGAUAAUUGCACUGAUAUGGUACGGAGGUGCUUGGUUGGACUUUUAUUUCGUAAAGAUUUAAAUACUGAUCUGCUGAAAGUCAUUCUCAAAAAACAAAAGAAAAUGACUGAUUACUUCAAGGCAAUACAGCCUGAAACACUUUGUCCACAAAGACUACUUGAACUUUGUCACUGUGUCUGUGAGACAAAUGACAUUAGUCUAAGUCAACACACGGCUCAAAAACUUAGUAAUGAACUUUCAUUUGUGGGUACCAGACUUACGCCCCCAGAUGUUUAUGUGUUAAAAUGCAUUUUGAAGCAUUCACACACAAAAAUAUCCUUGGACCUAAGGAGAACAGGAAUUGAUCAACAAGGAUUAAAGGAAUUGGUAAAACUAAAAACCAUCAAGUCAUUCAGGGCAUCUCUCAGUGACACGGUCAGACUCUGGAAGACCUUACAAACUGAGAACAACCUCAGACUGUUAAAGCUGUGUGUUAUGAAAUUCAGAAUCGAUCCAUUCACAGCAGAAAGCAUAAAAGAUAUAACUGAUCUUACAGCCAUUGUCAGUAUUCAGAAUGAAAUUUGCAGUUGCCUUCAAGAAUUAACAGAUGGGAUCUCUGAAAUUCCAGCUAUCAAAACACUUAAAAAGAUCAUAUUUAGACUUGGAAAGAGUCAUGGACAAAAUGGGUUCAUGAGGCUUGUUGAUAUCCUUCCACAGCUUCCAUCUCUCCAACAUUUAGAUUUACAUUCUCUUAUUGAGAAUCACAUCGGUGAUAAAUCUGUUGCAAAGCUGGCCGAGAAAUUCCCAGAAAUGCUGUCUCUUGAGACACUGGACUUAUCACAAAACACCAUAACCGAUGUCGGUGCAGCAAAGCUGGCCAUGGCUCUUCCUUCCUUGGGCUCGCUACAUACACUUAGUUUAUUCAACAACUUUAUCCAGGAUGAUGGAGCCAAGAAAUUUGCUGAGAUACUUCCUGAAAUGUCUUCCCUGGAAAAGCUACAUCUAGCAUACAACAAGAUCAGUGAUGUUGGUGCCAGGAAUCUCACAGAGAGUCUUAGGAAAUGUCCCAAAAUGAAGAGUUUGAUGAUAUACAGUUCCGCAAUUCCUCAUAAUAUUUUGCAUCAUCUCCAACAGCAGGACCCAAGGAUCAGUUGCCAGUCGUUUGGCUGAAGGCAAAAAGCGAAAAAAGAACAGUUUGGAGAAAGCCAGUAUGAUAAUUACUGAUCUGUCAGCUGUCUGUGAAAAUGGUGAUUUCCCUGGUGACAAGAACAAUAUCACUAGAAUGACGCGCUAGAAACCAUAAAGGAAAAGCAAAGACAAAAAGAAGACUUUCCUUCUUACAACAGGAAAAUGAGUAGCACUGAAUAUACUAUAAUUGCACUUAGGAAAAUUGUUCUCUUUCUACUGUAAUUAAAAAAGAUGGAAAGUAUAAAUCACUGGGGAUGCCAAGUGUUUGGAACCCUACCGUGAUUGUUAUCACUUACCUGAAAUUGUAUGGGGUACUUUUCAGCAAGCACCAUACAGAGAUCUGUUUCCUACUUCUUUUUGCUUUGUACGAGCGCACAUGUGCAGUAAAGUGAAGAGUCAAACCUUACCAAAAAAGCCAGCAUUUUAAUUCUACUGUGCAUGCGUCAGUCAGGGGGUACUGAAAUAAAAAGAAGUAGAAGAAGAUCACUCCAUGGUGCUUGCUAAAAAGUACCUGGGAUAGGGCAGCUUUUUGCUAACGGGAACACAGCAAGUAUAAUCAACCCCCAGCAAUUCAGACUUUAUUUCUCUUUUAAAUAAGUUCAGUAUCCUGUGUCUUCCAAUGGUAUUCGUGUUAGCUUGAGAAAGGACCAGUAAGUCUGAAACGUUGCUGUGUCUGUGCCAUAUGUGAAAUAAAGGCGGUUUUAUGAAAAUGAAAUGGGAGUGCUGAAAUGUUGAUAUACUGAAGUCUAAAGGUAUGUGGAGGUGAACAUAUGAUGCUGCGUGCACCCUUCUGCUAAACUUCCCACAAGUGUGCUGGAAACCCAUUGUAUCUUCCAAUGGUAUGGAAACAAAUCCCUGACAACAAAGGCAUUCUGAAUUUUAUUGCACUUACUUUUAUUUUACCUUUUAACCAAAGCUGAUCUGAUUGCCUGUAUAUUCCUUCUGAUCAUUGCACAUGCACACUAGUGCACAAAUCAACUUGUGAAGCACAGAAAAUAUUGAAUGUGCAAUAGGAAAGUCCUGUUUCACUUCUAUGUUAAGAAUAUGCUGAUAAAGCAUAUGUAUGCAGAAUUAGGUUUUUAUUAAAUGUAUUUGAAUGCACUAUGAAUAUUUUAAAUGGUAGCUCUGGGUUUUUCCCUACUAUGCACUAUACGGUCUUCCAUCAGUUCCCUUUCAGUCUUAAAUUUCAAAGUUAGAUAUUAAUAUAAUACUGACAGAUCAUAACUUAUUGAUGGGAGCUAUUGGCCUUUCCUACUGAUUACUACUGUAAGCAUUAUUAACUUGUAUGUAUUUGUAAAUGUGUUGGUUUGUUAAUGUAUAAAUGUCUUCCAUUGCUAAACGCUCAGAAAAAUGUAAAUAUAUAUUUCUUCUUAUGCCCAGUACAGAAUCUUUUUUGUUUUGUAUAAUGCUAAAUGUGAUGAGGUUUGUUCUGUACAUGUACAUAAUGUAGUUUAUUUCAAUGAUAAUGCUAGGUAAAGUCUGGCUUUAAAGGCCUUAUUACUGUACUGUGUUCUCAGUUUCACUAUGAUUUCCUGUAAGAAAUAAAAAUGUGGUAUAAAACCUGGUUCUCUUUUA